AUGCAUAAGGACAAUGAUGGUGAUGUUCAACUGGUUGGUGGGACAACUUCUUUAGAAGGCCGGGUAGAGGUGUACUAUCAAGGGUCAUGGGGAACAGUGUGUGAUGACUACUGGGAUGAGCAAGAUGCCAUGGUAGUAUGCAACCAAGUCAUGCCAGGUUACGUUGGUAUCAAUUUUGGCCAUGCUUACUUUGGUGAGGGAGUUGGUGACAUCAUUCUUGAUGAUGUGUACUGCACUGGAACAGAGUCCAGCUUACUAGACUGCGCCCAUAGUGGGCUUUACAAUCAUGACUGCAUGCAUGUGGAAGAUGCCAGUGUUAGGUGUUAUAUGCCAGCAAAUGAUGGCGAUAUACAGCUGAUAGGUGGUGGAGCAGCAUACCAGGGACGGGUAGAAAUCUUUUAUAACUUGCAGUGGGGAACAGUUUGUGAUGAUUCAUGGGACUUACAGGAUGCUACAGUAGUGUGCCGACAACUUGGUUUUACCGGAGCUACAGAUGCACCACAAAGGGUUGGUCAUUGGUGA